GGAUGUUCCCCGAGGAGUCGAAGCUGGGGGAGUUCUAUGAGUUCCUGUCCGCUGCUCACCUCACUCCGCCCAUUCAAGCCAUUCGCAGGUCCCUGCGCGGGUCCGUCAAGGGCAAGGGGGCAGAGAAAAGCGGCACACAGGACAUGCCGGACAUGGGCACUGAGCUCUUCCCCAUAGAGGUGCGGCUGUGCACGGGCAAGACGGUGCUGGUGGUUGCCACCACACAGGGGUUCCUGUGUCCCAGGAACAGGCUGCACGCGCCCACGCUCGCGGGCCUUCUGCGCCUGAUGAGCAAGCCCUUCGCCAAGGCCUAUGACGACUUGCUUGCUCUGUUCCUGGAGAGAAACAAGUUUGGCAACACACCCUACGGUUUCAGGUCCAACACGUGGGUUGUCCCUCCGCUCGCGGCUGCCAAUCCGUCCGUCUUCCCCCAGCUCCCCAUGGAAGACGGGGCAUGGGGAGGGAACGGGGGCGGCUAUGGCUGGCAGGAGGAGCAGGAGAAGGAGGAAACAGAUGCAUGUGCGGGGGCAGUAACAGGCAGAGACAGGGCAGUAGCAGGCAGGGACUGGGCGCGGGACUUUGCAGUGCUCUCUCUCCUCCCUUGUGACACUCCCGAGGAGCGUUUGGUGAAGGAUCGCAAGGCCUUCCUCUUGCACUCCCUCUUCGUGGAUACCGCCUCUCGCAAAGCCGUUGCCGCCAUCAAGACUGCUACUGCUGCUGCAGCGGCAGUUUCUGGGGGGGCGGCAGCAGCUGCCGGGGCCGACAUGGUUUCCACAGCCGAGGCAGUCUCCACGUCUGCCGAGCCUGGGUUGUCAGGUUCGGUAGCAGCGGUGGAGGAUGGGGUUCUGCUGGUGGAGAAGCAGGGGGCGAUGCGUGUGACUGUAAUGAAGGGCGAGGAGGACCCGAGUGGGAAGGUGCUGUCGAAAGUGGAGGUGGGGUGGAGGAGGGUGGCAGAGGGGGAGAGGGAGGAGAGGGAGGAGGAGAAGAAGCGCAUGGUAACGAAGAGCCUUCUGAAGGGGAUAUCAGCUGAUGAAAGCACCGCAGUGCAUGACCUCGAGUCCCUGGGCACAGUCAUCGUUCACUUGCAGGGCCUCACUGCGCGAGUGACUGUCCCUGACGCCCCUGCGCGAGCCCAGCAGCUACAGGCGCAGCUGCAGGCGCUGAGAGAGAAGGCAGGUCGGGAUGGCAAGGAGGGUGACGGCGGAGAAGCGGGGCAGGGGAAGGAGGGCAGGGCGGGUAGAACGCCAGAGGAUGGGGAAGGGAGGUGGGCUGGUGAGGGAGAUGGUGGGGUACGUGUAAGGGAGGGAAAAGAGGCAAAGGAGCAGAGGGCUCGACGGGAGGAGGGAGGGAAGGAGGAGGAAGAGGAGGAGAGGCUGCUGGAGCUGGAUAUUCCAGAGCAGGAAGAAGCAGGCGCCAAUGCACUGAACGCCAACAGCCCUGUUUCAAGCAGCACCACCACAAGCAACGCUACCACGAGUGCCCUGGCCGCUUCUCCUGCUCCUGCUGCUGCUGGUGCUGCUUCCGCUGCUGGUGCUGCUUCCGCUGCUGGUGCUGCUGCUGAGGCAACGCUGCGUCAGGCGCUGUCUUUUGGGCUGGCGCGGCUGCAGCAGGAGGAGGAGGCGCAGCAGAGGGAGCGGAUGGCUAGGAAGAGUGCCUUAGCGGAGAAGCUUGUAAAGGGGCAGGAUGGAGUGGCGGAGGGAGGGAAAGAAGUGGAAGAGGGGGUGGUGGUGGUGAAGGGUGAGGCAGCUAGGUCUCUAGAGGUUGGCGAAGAGGGUGCGAUGGGUGAAAAGGGUGCAGAGGUGAUGGGGGUGGGAGACGGAGCAGCAGCAGAGGCAGCUGGGGAGAUGAAAAAAGUAGAAGUGGGUGAGACGGAGGAGAAAGGUGUGAAGGAGGGGGAGGAGAAGGAAGGGAAGGAGGAGGAGGAAGAGGGAGAUGUAUUUGGGGAUGGCAUUCUGAGGUGGGAGCUGGGUGCGUGCUGGGUGCAGCACCUGCAAAACCCACCCAAAGAGGAGGAGAAGAGCGUGGAGGGUGGUGAGAAGGGCGAGGGGGAAGCAGCAGCAGGUGGGAUGCAAGAGGAGCCCCUGGCAGCAGGCAGGCAAGGGGGGGAGCUGAUGGAGUUGCUGGGCGAGAGCAAGUAUGAGAAGCUCAAGAAGGCGGAUGCGGGGCUGCAUGCUAUGACUGUCCUGGAGCUCAAGCAGGGAGCACAGGUCUUCUACAGGAACACUGCCCUCUCUAAACUGGUCUCUGACUUCGCCUCUCUCGAGCUCUCCCCUGUGGAUGGGCGCACACUCACUGACUUCAUGCACACCCGCGGCCUGCGCAUGCGAUCCCUCGGCAAAGUGGCGGCACUAGCAGACAAGCUGCCCCACGGGGAGGAGAGGGGAGCGGGGGAUGCGGAGGCGGCGUUGGGAGGCAUGGUGUGGCGGUGGGUGCGUGUGUUUGCGCGAGUGCGGUUCGGGUUUGAAUUGGACGAUGAGGCGCUGGCGGGUCUGCGCAUGCUCUCGCUGCUCAGAGCGCUCUGCCUCAAGGUGGGCAUUGAGCUCGCCCCCAAGUCGUACGACUUCAACUCUCCCACGCCCUUUCAGGCAACGGACAUAGUCUCCAUGGUUCCUGUUCUCAAGCACGUGCUGUGCACGUCAGCUGAUGGCCGCACACUGCUCGAGGCGUCCAAGGCAGCACUCGACAAGGGCAAGCUGGACGAAGCGGUGUCAUGCGGUACCAAGGCCCUAGUGAAGCUGAUAGCGGUGUGUGGGGCGUACCACCGCAUGACAGCAGGGGCGUACAGCCUACUGGCCGUGGUGCUGUAUCACACAGGGGACUUCAAUCAGGCCACCAUCUACCAGCAGCGCGCCCUCGACAUCAACGAGAGGGAGCUGGGGCUGGACCACCCUUUUACCCACCUCUGGCCCUCCCUCCCGCCCUCCCUCCCUCCUGCCUGCCCUCCUUUCUCCCCUCGCCCGUCUGAUGCCACCAUCUACCAGCAGCGCGCCCUCGAUAUCAAUGAGCGGGAGCUGGGGCUGGAUCAUCCGGACACCAUGAAGAGCUACGGCGACCUGGCUGUGUUCUACUACAGAUUGCAGCACACGGAACUGGCCAUCAGUGGAGAGGGUGAGGUGGGUGUGUGCAGUGGAGAGGGUGAGGUGGGUGUGUGCAGUGGAGAGGAUGAGGUGGGUGUGUGCAGUGGAGAGGAUGAGGUGGGUGUGUGCAGUGGAGAGGGUGAGGUGGGUGUGUGCAGUGGAGAGGGUGAGGUGGGUGUGUGCAGUGGAGAGGGUGAGGUGGGUGUGUGCAGUGGAGAGGAUGAGGUGGGUGUGUGCAGUGGAGAGGGUGAGGUGGGUGUGUGCAGUGGAGAGGGUGAGGUGGGUGUGUGCAGUGGAGUGGGUGAGGUGGGUGUGUGCAGUGGAGAGGAUGAGGUGGUUGUGUGCAGUGGAGAGGAUGAGGUGGGUGUGUGCAGUGGAGUGGGUGAGGUGGGUGUGUGCAGUGGAGAGGAUGAGGUGGGUGUGUGCAGUGGAGAGGAUGAGGUGGGUGUGUGCAGUGGAGAGGGUGAGGUGGGUGUGUGCAGUGGAGAGGAUGAGGUGGGUGUGUGCAGUGGAAAGGAUGAGGUGGGUGUGUGCAGUGGAGAGGGUGAGGUGGGUGUGUGCAGUGGAGAGGGUGAGGUGGGUGUGUGCAGUGGAGAGGGUGAGGUGGGUGUGUGCAGUGGAGAGGAUGAGGUGGGUGUGUGCAGUGGAGAGGAUGAGGUGGGUGUGUGCAGUGGAGAGGAUGAGGUGGGUGUGUGCAGUGGAGAGGGUGAGGUGGGUGUGUGCAGUGGAGAGGGUGAGGUGGGUGUGUGCAGUGGAGAGGAUGAGGUGGGUGUGUGCAGUGGAGAGGGUGAGGUGGGUGUGUGCAGUGGAGAGGGUGAGGUGGGUGUGUGCAGUGGAGAGGGUGAGGUGGGUGUGUGCAGUGGAGAGGGUGAGGUGGGUGUGUGCAGUGGAGAGGGUGAGGUGGGUGUGUGCAGUGGAGAGGGUGAGGUGGGUGUGUGCAGUGGAGAGGAUGAGGUGGGUGUGUGCAGUGGAGAGGAUGAGGUGGGUGUGUGCAGUGGAGAGGGUGAGGUGGGUGUGUGCAGUGGAGAGGGUGAGGUGGGUGUGUGCAGUGGAGAGGGUGAGGUGGGUGUGUGCAGUGGAGAGGAUGAGGUGGGUGUGUGCAGUGGAGUGGGUGAGGUGGGUGUGUGCAGUGGAGAGGAUGAGGUGGUUGUGUGCAGUGGAGAGGAUGAGGUGGGUGUGUGCAGUGGAGUGGGUGAGGUGGGUGUGUGCAGUGGAGAGGGUGAGGUGGGUGUGUGCAGUGGAGAGGAUGAGGUGGGUGUGUGCAGUGGAGAGGGUGAGGUGGGUGUGUGCAGUGGAGAGGGUGAGGUGGGUGUGUGCAGUGGAGAGGAUGAGGUGGGUGUGUGCAGUGGAGAGGGUGAGGUGGGUGUGUGCAGUGGAGAGGGUGAGGUGGGUGUGUGCAGUGGAGAGGGUGAGGUGGGUGUGUGCAGUGGAGAGGGUGAGGUGGGUGUGUGCAGUGGAGAGGGUGAGGUGGGUGUGUGCAGUGGAGAGGGUGAGGUGGGUGGCUGCAGCACACUCAGCUGGCCGUACGUGCAGAGGGCGCUGUAUCUGCUGCACCUGACGAGCGGGUCAGAGCACCCCAACAGCGCGGCCACAUACAUCAACCUCGCCAUGAUGCUGCACGGCCUCUCCCACCUCCCCCUCGCCCUGCGCUACCUCCACCGCGCGCUGCAAUGCAACCACCGCCUCCUCGGCCCCGACCACAUCCAGACGGCCGCCAGCUACCACGCCAUUGCGAUUGCGCUCUCUCUCAUGGACGCGUAUGCGCUCUCCGUGCAGCACGAGCAGACCACGCUCAACAUUCUCCAGGCGAAACUGGGCCCUGACGAUCUCAGGACUCUGGACGCUGCGGCAUGGCUGGAGUACUUUGAGAGCAAGGCAGCGGAGCAGCAGGAGGCAGCCCGCACAGGCACGCCCAAGCCAGACGCCACCAUCGCGUCUAAAGGGCACCUCAGUGUGUCGGACCUUCUCUCGUUCAUCAACGACGAGGAGCAGGGGCGGAGGGAGGUGAUUCAGGAGAUCAUGCGCAAGAGGGGCCGUCGCCCCUUGCUCAAGCCUAAGCGUGCUGGCCUCUUAGAAGCAGCGCCACACAGCACAGCCACCGGUGGAGAAGAAACAGCAGAGAAAACCAGCUCAGGUCUAAUUAAGGCUUCUGCUCGCGAAGUUGCUGCUACUGAAGGUGCUAAUAACGAGGCUACUGACAGUGUCACUGUUCCCACAGCAGCGGAAGCAGGGGUAGCUCCAGCACAAGCAGACACGGUGGGGUCAAGGGCUGCAGCAACCGCAGCUGCUGCCGCUGCAGCCACUGCAGCCGUAUCUGGUGCCGUGGCAGAGGAGGAUGACUCUGACGGAUGGCAGACAGCUUGCAGCGGCGCUCACAGGCACAGCCACCAGCGCAAGAUAGCAGCUGGUGCUACUGGAGCAGCAGGCGCAGGAGCAGGAGGGAUGGGCGUUGGGGGGGUUAAGGCAGCUAGUAGGGGGCCCAUGACCCGCUCCUGGAAGGAGAUCGCUCUGCUGCCACCUGGCAAAACGGCAUUGGCUGCUGCACCAGUGGUGCCAGAAUCUGGGGCUGGGGUUCCGAUGACAGCUGAGAAUGUCCCUGCCGCUGCGACCACUGCAGGGGGCACAAGCAGUGGCAGCCCAGCAACAGCUGCAGCAGCCACAGGCAGCACGGGGGCAGCCUCUAGCAUGAAAUCCGGUGGUGCUUCGAGCUCCGCUGUAGCUACUAACACUUGUAGCACUGCUGUCGCGGCCAACGCUACGAACACUGCUGUCGCGGCCAGCGCUACGAGCACUGCUGUCGCCACCGGCAGCGGCGACAAGACCGCAGAAACCACAGGGGAGAGGCAGCAGCAGGCAGAGCAGGUGGGAGGAGGGACGGAAGGUGAAGCUGAAAAGGGCAGUGAUGUGGCGGAUGGGAAGAAGCGAGUGGGAGCGGAAAAGACAGUGUCAGUGGUGGUAGCAAACGCGGCUGCUACUGCUGCUGCCGCGUUGACUUUUGAGUCGACUCAAACGUCAGCUGGGAAGAAGCGAGUGGGAGAGGAAAAGACAGUCAUGCCUGCUAUGCCUGUAUACAUGCCUGUGCACAUGCCACAGGGAGUGUCUGUGCCUCUGGGUGGGCCAGUACCUGUGGGCGGCUCUCUGCCUCUCCCCAACGCUCCGCCCAUGUUGACUUUUGAGUUGACUCAAAAGUCAACUCUGGGUGGGCCAGUACCUGUGGGCGGCUCUCUGCCUCUCCCCAACGCUCCGCCCAUGCCUAUAGUUUCCGCCAUUGCUGAUGCAUCUGCCGCUCCUGCUGCUCCAGUACCAGCCGUUUCUGAUGCCAAGCUGAUGCUUUCUGGGGACGAUUUCCCUCCUCUGCCCUCUUCUGCUGCUGCUGCUCCUGCUCCUGCUCCUGCUCCUGCUCCUGCUCCUGCUCCUGCUCCUGCUCCUGCUCCUGCUCCUGCUCCUGCUCCUGCUCCUGCUCCUGCUCCUGCUGGUGCUGGUGCUGGUGCUGUUGCAGCGAGUGAUGUAUCUGGCAGGGCUUCCAAUACUGACCCUCCUGCUGUGGCUGAUCAUAGUGACGCCUCAGCAGAUUCUGCAGCACCAGAGGCUGGCUUGAGUGCACAUGCCUCGCCAUACCACCCCACUGCCCCACCACCCCCACUCACCCCACCAUCCGCUCCCACCACCAUCACACCAUCCACUCCCGCUGCUAUAGUCCCCACACCCCCUGCUGCUACAGCCCCCACAACCUCUGGUGCUACAGCCGCCACACCCCAAGCCGCCACAGCCCCCACACCCCCUGCUCCAGCUCUUAAGCCAAUGAAUCCUCAUGCUCUUGAGUUCGUUCCUGGAAAGAACUGGGGUGCUCUUGGGCCUGCUGCUGCAGCAACCCAUCCUGCAAGCUCGCAAUCGGGAGUGACAGCAGGAACAGCGGCGGCGGCCAAAGCAGCAGGAGGAACGGGAGGACCAAAGGUGGUGGGGUGGAGAGCGGUGCUUAGUGGUGGUGUAGGUCCUGGUAGCGAGGCGGCUGGGGAGGGGACUGCUGGUGGUGCUGCUGGUGGAGCUGCUGGGAAGGUAGGAAGUGGGGAGAAGGCAAAGACACAUAGCAAGAGAGGGAAACAGAGCAAGGGGGGAAAGCACGAGCAGCAGUGGGAGCGCAAGGGAAAGAGCGAGCAAGUGGGGGCGCAGGGUAAGGAGGAGAAGGGGAAUGGAAACGAGGAGUUAGCACCGGGGAAGGAGAAUGGGAUUGUGCUACAAAGGGAUGUGACAAGAGAUGGCGAGAGGGAGGAUAGCAAGCAGGGUAACGUUAAUGAGAAGGUAAGGGAGAGUGAGGAGGGUAGCAAGGAUGAGGAGAAGGGUAACGUUAAUGAGGAGAAGGCAAGGGAGAGUGAGGAGGAGGUGAUUGAGAUUGUGAAGGUGUGUGUUUCCGAGACUGUGGUGUCUGGGGAUGGUGGUUGUGACCCUCCCCAGCCCUGUGAGAAAGAGAGGGGUGCAGAGGAAGGGAAAGGGGUUGAAAACGAUAAGGUAGAGAAGGAACUUGAGGAGGAGACAGAGGACCAGGAGGAUGGUCAGGUGAUUUCAAUGCUCUCUCUGAGCGAUUCUGGGAGUGAUCCGGAGAGCGAGGAGGUGAAAGGGGGAGAGAAGAGUCACGUGGAUGAAGAGAAUGGAGGGAGUAAGACGAUGGAGGGGAAGGGAGGGAAGGUUGAGCAGGCGAAGGGGAGGCAGGAGGCAGGGAAACCUGGCAUGAAAGUGUCAAUGUCCUGGGCAGAUAUGGCUGAUGUCAUGGAUGAGGAGGAUAGGGCAGAGACGACCGAGAGAAAGGGAGGGGAGGUUCAGCAGGCGAAGGGACAGCAGGCGGGGAAACCUGGGCUGAAAAUGUCAAUGUCUUGGGCAGAUAUGGCUGAUUUGAUGGAUGAAGAGGAUAGGGCGGAGGCUGCAGCUGAUGCUGCUGCCGUGGAUAAGGAGGUGGUGGGGGGAGGCAGAGGAGAGGGCCGGCAGCAGCAGAGCCACCGGCAGCAUUCGCAGCAUCAGCAGAGGAAUCAUCGGCAGUGGCAGCAGCAGCAGCAGCAGCAGCAGCAUGUGAAGCACGGAGCAAACAGGGGGAGGGGACAGCCGCAGCAGCACCAGGAGGGACAGUGGCAGCAGCAGCAGGGACAGCGGCAGCAGCAGGGGCAGCGGCAGCAGCAGGGGCAGCAGCAGCAGCAGCAGCAGCAGCAGCAGGGGCACCAGCAGGAGCAGAAGGGGCAGCAUGAGGGGCAGCAAUUGCAUGGGCAGAAGGCAGGGCCGGAGCAGGACGGGCAGAGGGCCGCAGUGGUUCUGAUGGUGUGGGAAUAUUGGGAAAUGGAGAGGCACACGCAGCAGCUGUGGCUGCACAGGGGAGGGGCCUACAGGGGACUGAUGGCGUUAGUGGUGGGAGGCAGGCAAGAGAGGGGAGGCGGCGUGGUGGAAGGGGUGGGGGGAGAGCGCAGGGAAGGGGCCAUGGGGCGAUGGAGGGAGGGGGGGAGCAUGGGGGGGAGCAUGGGGCAGCAGAGAGGCACAUGA